AUGUCAUCCAAACUAUUUACACCGUACCCCCUCCCAACACAAUUAAGGUCAUCAUUAUUCAAGACCCCAACAGAUGGUGUGGUUCCACCCAUUGAUGAACUCGAGGCGCUUCAUGCGGAGCUGAAAAAUCUCAAGGCGAGAACUAUGGAGAAAGCCAGACGAGCUGGAGAGGAUUUGAAAGUGCUAGAAGAAGGAAUGAGAAGGAUGAAGGACAGAGCGAAGAAAGGGAAGGAAAGAGAAGGCAAAGAAAAGGUCAAGAGAGAACGCGACUAUGAUAUACAGCCACUGCUUUCAUCAUCGGGUGCUUCUGGCUCUAAACCUCGUUUCUCCUCGCAUCCUCUCAACAACCUUCCUUCGUCCUCAAGGUCCUCAAUGGAUCCCGAAAGGGAUAAGAAGAAAAAGAAAAAACGGAAGAGAGACCUGUUGGAGGAGAGUGAUAUUGAGAUGGUAGACGCUGGUUCUCCACGAAUACGCAAGGGAACUCCUCCAAUUCCACACCCCUCUCACUCAAUUUCCUCAUCUUCGUCUAUUCCACCUGCUCCCAAGGCAGCCAAAUCAAUAUCGUCAUCUUCGAUCCCCAAGAAUUCUACCCAAUAUCAUACAGGAAUAGACUUUACAGUCCCUGCUCCACUUACCAUCCUUCCACCCCGACCUCCGAUACAGCCACCCCCAAUACCUGCGCCUUCACAUCCCACACUUGUUUCCGAGGAUUUCAGUAAAAUAGUUAAAGCUCCGACCCAGGUGGCAAUCGCAGCAUUUUACUCCAGUGUCGAACCAUAUUUAAGAGUGAUCAAGGAGGAGGACGUAGGGUUCUUGAGCUGGGAAGGAGAUGACGUAGAACCUUUUGUGAUGCCGAAGCUAGGAAGACACUAUCUCGAAGUUUGGGAGGAGCAGGAUCGAUUGGGCCUUACUACCUCAUCCAGUGCACUUGGCACCCUUCAACAAGUAGCAUUAAACGGCGGCGAUAUACCUCCUAAUCCUUCGGCAGUAGCGCCCAAUCCCUCUUUUGAUCCUUCCACCCUCUCCGAAUCUGAUACUCAGCUGGAGCACCUUGGGCACGGACCGCUCACAGAACGCCUCAUCUCUGCGCUCCUUCCUAUGCCGGACAGUCAUUUGACAUGGAAAGGAGUCAAAGCCGCAGAAGACGCAAUGGAGGGACGGCCUGGCGGCAGUGGCGCCGCUGCCAGUAGAAAGGAGAAGCUCUCUGUAUCGGACCUAGAGAGACGAAUUGGGGAUACAAUGAGGUGGUACAACUUGUUGCCGUCUGGAAGCAACGUUCAACCACUUGAUUACAGCAAUAAAACGGACGAUCCCAUCGCCACUGCUCUGCGCAUCAAUCAAGCAGAGCUCCGUCGCGUAUCUGCCAUAAACCGAUUACGCAAAGCACGCUAUGCGGAGAUAGCAAGGGAUAGAGUCGCAUGGGCAGAAUACCUAGAGUUGAGAGAGUCGAUUGAUAGGAACAUCACGAACGUGUAUAACAAACUUCAAAAAAUGCAAAAGGCGCAGAGGGAUGCACCGAAACUGGGAAGGAAGAAGAAGUUCAAGUCUGAAGAGAGCACCCCUGUCAAGGGAGUCAACGGUUCCAACGGCAAUGGUUCUGUCAACGGCGACACUCCUCCACUUCCACUCUGUCCUGCAGCACUUGGACUUGGUCCAGACGAGGAUAAUCAACUCGUGGUUAGCGAGACGCUGAAACAACUCGUACAAACCAGAAGAAAUUGGGUCAAGCUAGGCGAGACGCUUUUGGAUGAGAAGGAGGGUCCAUUAAAGGUAAUUGAACUAAUGGAGCCUGGGGAGUCUUCACCAGAACCAAACGCAGAGGACCUAAGUUCUUCACCCGGUGUUAAUGACAGCUCAUCAUCUAAAUGGCGCGUACCAGUAAUGGAGCGGCCUCGGCGCGGGCGACUUGUUGGUUUUCCUAAAGAAAGUAUAUUCAAAGGUAUAGAAGAAGAGGUAGAGGAGCUGAUGCGAGACUGGGAGCGUCAUAACGUGGAGCGGGAGCAAGCGGAGGGACAGGCGAAGAUACCGACGACGACUAAUUCCCGUGUCGGUGCAACGACGGUUCCACAUUCGAACGAUACGUCGACAUCUGGGAGUGGGCUGAAGAUUCAUCUCAAUGGACAUGUGCAAGCGACGUAUGGUAAAGGUAAAGGGAAGGCGAGGGAUGAUCAGAUGGAUGUUGGUUGA